UGAGUGUGACGUCACUAUUGGCAUUCUGACCCAUUCUGACCCUUUCUAACGUGCACUUAUAACAGUUCACGGUAGGGUAGGAGGAAGAAAUUGAAUUCUGGAAGGGAAGGAAACAAGCGCUGGCUGUUGGCAUUUCUCUCCAGCAUUUUCACUACUCCACACGUGCUAGAGCUAGAGGCUCCAGUCUUGUUCGGGACUCCGGUUAUAACGGGUGAUACUAGAUGAUACGUUCUCAACAUCAUAAUAAUAAAACCUCGUUUAUUAUCUGCUAUUUUUGACUCAUCGGCCUCAUCCCUGCGGAGUUUCCCAUUUUUAUGAAAUAAAUAAAUGCUUUAUUUACUCGAUCGAAAAAGUACGCACAUGUGUGAAAACCAGGGCACAGUGAAUCACGGUGACCUCGUUUGUUUUUUGUCGCUUGACAGCAGGAAGUGCUUCUAUAAUUUAUUCAACCUGAAAAAGAUGCUGGCGUGAUAAGAGAGACUCACGCAGAGUCGAAAAACUCGAGGACCAGUCAUGAAUCUUCGUAAGUGACGAGAGAAGUAUUGUGGAAUUGAAAGUGAACCCUUGGUGAUUUAGUGAAAUUUCAAGUCUAUUUUAUUAUCGAAAUGUCGACGAAUCAUUCAAAUCAUUGCUCGCCGGCCCGUUCCUCAUUGAGCUGUUGUCAAGUGAACAAUACUAGUCAAAAUGACGUGAACGAGACUUGCGUGCCUGGAAAUAAUAAUUACUUCAUGCAGGAGAAGCAUUCGUUCCCUAAGAGGCCGGAAGUCGAUUUAUCCUUUCGGAAUAUUCGGUACAAUGUCAAGCAAUGGAGCCUCAGAAAAAUAUUUCCACAAACAAAUGAGAUUCUUCAUGGAGUCAGUGGUGAUUUUAAAGCUGGAGAGUUAACGGCGAUUAUGGGACCAUCCGGUGCUGGAAAAUCCACGUUAUUGAAUGUCCUUGCAGGAUUUACUGUUCAAGGUGUAACCGGAGAAAUCCUAGUGAAUGGAAAAAAACGUGUACCACACAGUGAAAGGUGGAGAAGAACAUCGUGCUACAUACAACAAGACUCUCUACUGAGAACGAGACUUACAGUGGGAGAAGCCAUGACUCUUGCCGCUCACCUCAAACUGGGCUGCUCUAUCAGUGCUGCCUAUAAACACACUCAGGUUCUAGAACUUCUGGAAAUUCUUGGAUUGAGCCAGAGCUACGAUACCUUGUGCGGCCGGCUAUCAGGCGGGCAAAAAAAAAGAUUAGACGUCGCUGUGGAGCUUCUCAGCAACCCAUCAGUAUUAUUUCUUGAUGAACCUACCACUGGUCUAGACUCUGCUUCCUGCAGCCAGUGCAUUGCUCUCUUGCAGCGAUUGGCAAGAGUUGAACGACGUACAAUUGUCUGUACGAUUCACCAACCCAGUGCUCUUCUUUUUGAAAUGUUUGACCAACUGUAUGCUGUCGCCGAGGGUCACUGUAUAUAUAGAGGCCCUAUACAUUCAUUAGUACCACAUUUAGCUUCUGUUGGAGCUCAUUGUCCACCCUAUCACAACCCGGCUGAUUUUCUACUGGAGGUAACGAUUGGUGAAUAUGGAGUUUCAAUAAGUAAGUUAAUUGAAGCCGUUGCAAAUGAUACUUCAAAAAAGAUAAUCUUCCCAGCUUUAAAACCAUCGUUGGAUGCUGAUAAUGAUCUACCACAUGAAAAACCUCUUCCACCUGCCGGAUUUUUGGCCCAAUGUUAUCUACUCUACAAAAGACAGUUGAUCUGCUUAAAAAGAGAUUACACGUUAAUGGUCGUUCGUAUCCUUUGUCACCUGUUGAUUGGUGUGAUUUUUGGUUAUCUCUACAGAGGAAGCGGAUACCGAGCCGAUGGCGUCUUUGCUAAUUAUGUUUAUUGCUACGGGUCACUUUUGUUAAUCGUCUACACUGGAAAAAUGGCCGUCACUCUUGCUUUUCCUUUGGAGAUGCAAAUACUCACACGAGAACACUUUAAUCGAUGGUAUCGACUCGCUCCAUAUUAUAUUAGUCUGCUUCUUAUUGAAGUACCAUUUCAAGCUGCCUGUGCGUUGACUUACCUGACAGUUAGUUAUUGGUUGACUGGUCAACCGAUAGAAACUCAACGAAUUGUUUAUUUCAUGCUGGUCAGCAUUGCUGCAAGUUUGACUGCACAAGCUUGGGGCUUUUUCAUCGGUGCGACAACUCCAGUACGAAUCGCAGUUUUCGCUGGUCCAAUCAUCGCUGUCCUCUUUUCUGUCUUCGGUUUUUGCAUCCGCUACAUGGACACGCCAAAAGCUUUUCGCUGGAUUUUCCACAUCUCCUAUUUCAGAGCUGGAUUCCACAGUCUUCUCUUCUCUGUCUACGGCUUCGAUCGAAUGGAUCUCAAAUGUGAAAAUCCAAAGGAAGUGAUCGCCUACUGUCAUUACAAAAAAGGCAGCAAAUUCCUCACCGAUAUGGAGAUUGCAGACACGAACGUUGUGAAUAAUUUGGUCCUGAUUGUGGGCAUGGGAGUCCUGAUGCAUCUCCUGACUGCGAGUGCUCUCUGGUGUAAGCUUAAUAGAAGAUGAAGUGAUUUGGUGAAAUGUGUUUGGUGGUUCAGUAUUCACGUCGAGCGUUUGCUAGUCUCGUAAUGAGUUAGUUCUUCCAGUUUUUGGAAAUUUCACGUCUGUGACGAAGAUUUCUCUGCAUGAAAAAAGCAGCGAAUUGUUACUAGCGAGAAAUAUUGACUUUUUUUUGCAGCUUUAUGCUUUCUUACAGUUAGCGAAGAUGAUUUUUAGGAAUAGAUUAAAGAGCUUUUAAAUUCGAAGGCUUUUGUAGAUAAAAUAUAAAAAUAAUGCUACUUAAAUAGCUUCCAGACUUGAGAGCUUAUCUGCUUAAAAAUUUUAAAUACUUAAAGGGUGAUUGCUAUAAAGUUGACCAUUUUUAGCCAUUUGUCACUUUUCAAUUCAAUAAUACAUUUUUCUAAAAUUAUUUCAGUAAAGUACGUAGUAGAUAAAAGCACAAUUAAUUAAAGUUCCAAAAUAAUAGAAGACUUCUUCGUCUGAAAAUUACAAAUAAAAAAAACGCAAUUGCCUUUCACGCACUUGACCCAAACUACAAAUUUGAAAUUAUAUUAUAUUGAGUGGAAAACGAUGAAAUUCACUUUAAAGUCUGUUCUGUGAAUUUGUCUGGCCACGCUGCAUUGCUUUUUUAGGAUAUAACUCGAAAAUUAUUAUUCGAAAUAUUCAUAAUUUGAGUUAAAAUGGUUAAAUUUAUGCUCCCAAAAUCCUACAUAUGCUUAGAAAAGAUUUUUUAAAUUUUCUUUUGUUUAUCAUUGUCACAUGCCAAAAAUCUCAAUCAAGAAUAUUUAACUUUUUUGUCAAUCACCCUGAAAAACUUUCCACUAGUAGGUUCUUAAGUUUUUCUGUAACUUCUUAAAUUUGCAUUAAUAUUUUGUAUCCCAUGAUCAAAUACUUAAUGUAUUUUUAUAUUGAUAUUACAAUGACGGAAGCUUUUGUACUUCUCUUUUACAAUGAGUAAUAAAGCAAGAACGAAUUUUAAGAAUUGUUCAAAUGGCCAUAUCAGUUUUGUAGAAGCCUAUAGAAACUGUGAUCCGAAUAUUAAAGAUUUUUCAAUAACCAAACGAAAAAAUGACGCACACCGGUGAUUUUGUAUUUAUAUUGAAAACUAAUCUGUAAAUAUGUUUUUUUUUUGUAAUUUCGAAUCUCAUUAGAAGAUGUAAAAAAUUAAUGAGCUCAUGUUUUGAACUGCUUACGUCUUGCAUCUGCAGGGAAAGAAAAUAAAACGGGCAGUUUGUCUAUUUAAAAAAUAAACGGCCGAGACUUACAGUAAACUUAAUUUUGAAUACUUAAUUUUCAAACACAAAAACGAAAUGUGUCAAUUCGUUGACUUUGAUUUUUCGAAACAGGGUGUUUCUAUAAAAUGUAACUUUUCUACGUGAGCUCAAUUAUUUAUUUGUGUAUAAAAAUUCUCUGAAAUAUUGUGCGGAGAAUUAUGCAUAAAUAUAUCCAGUAAUUUAUAAUUUAUAAUAUAUUUAAUUAUUGAUUGGGAUCUAAAUUCUUAGACUGCAGCGCAGUAAAGAUUUCAGAUGUCAAUUUUGAGAAAAAGGUUUAUCUGAAAUUUCUCGAAUUCGUAAAUUUAAAAAUUUGGAAUUUUCAGAAUGAUUUAGAAUACGAGGCAUUUCAGAUUUACUUUUAGAGAAUGUAUAUAUACUAUGUGACAGAUUCUUAAAUUAUUUACGAAGCCUAUAAUUAAUUUUUGACAAGAAGCUGACUACGAGCUAAACGAAUGCCUUACUUACAGUGUUUUUAUCCAUUUUUGUUUUUUAAUUACGACGUGUCUCAAUAAUAUAAAGAAGAGAAAGAGAGAGAGAGAGAGAGAGAGAGAAACUUUAAAAAAGUUUAUAUAUGUAUUCUGUGCUAUAUAAUGUAAUAAGUGAUUCAUUGUAAUAAAGAGAAAAUUAGUAAACAAGGUUAAA